GUGUGCAUUCAACUUCAAAUUUCACUUGUCAUUCCCAUAGGGGCAGGACGUUUGAGCGACGGCAGCGUGUCCACCAGAAAGGCGCACCGUGAGUUGCUUUCAAUAUCUGGCGACUGAUUUUGUUGUGAUAUCGCCGACACGACUGACUGAUCUCGUGAAGGGGCAGGACGUUUGAGCGACAGCAGCGUGUCCACCAGAAAGGCGCACCCUGAGUUGCUUUCAAUAUCUGGCGACUGAUUUUCUUGUGAUAUCGCCGACACGACUGACUGAUCUCGUGAAACAAUGGCUUUCAAGAUAGACCAUGCGGCAGCGGCUGUGCUGGUGUCCAUUAUAGCGAUCCAGGCCGUUCUCUUUCUGGCGGUGGUGGCAGCCCUGGCGGCCAAGUACUACAAGCUGAGUCUAGUGUUAAAGGGUUACAACGAGUUCAUGCUGUUGGCUCGGAUCAGGUCUCUGUACAAAGAGGAUAAAAAGAAAGCGGAUGCGGGCCGAUCGGACAGACAGCUCAACCAGCCCCUCAGCUCAGCUUCGGGACACACUGAAACCUACACCGAACAACAACUCGAUGCCACAUCCAUCUUCCUUGGCAACAAAGUCAGCAUUGCUGCCGAUGACGUACAGAUUAAGUUCCAUCAGCUGGAGAUAGGGGAGGAACUUGGGAAGGGCGCCUUUGGGAAAGUUUUCCAAGCAGCCCUCACCGAUUGGCCCUCGGAUGGAGAGCAAAACACAGUGGCAGUCAAAACAGUUGAAGAUACUGAUCCCUCAAAGGUCAUCAAGUUCCUCAAGGAAGGAUUACUGAUGAAGAACUUCAGUCACCCCAACGUGCUGAAAUUGCUUGGCCUAACCUUUGACCGGAUGGGUCAGCCGCUGAUUGUGCUUCCGUUUAUGGCAAAUGGUGACCUGAAAUCCUUCGUGAAAAUGAGAAAGCAGGAACUGACCCAUACACAGCUGAUGAUGUUCGCUUACCACGUGGCCCUCGGUAUGGAGUACCUUGCUGGACAAAAGUUCGUCCACAGGGAUUUGGCUGCAAGAAACUGCCUGGUUGAUGACGAAUUUGUUACUAAGAUUUCGGACUUUGGGCUGUCCCGUGACCUGGACGAAUCAGACUACUACACCAGCGGCGAACAACAGGCAAAGUUACCUGUCAAGUGGAUGGCGCCAGAGUCAAUGGAACGCCUAGUCUAUAGCACCAAGUCAGAUGUGUGGUCAUACGGAGUGCUUCUGUGGGAGCUCUUCUCUAGAGGACAAACGCCCUAUCCCGAAAUCCAAAAUAGGGAUGUGUACUUAUUCUUGAAGACGGGCAAGCGUAUGGAUCCCCCAAGAUUCUGUCCCAUCAAAAUAUCUGAUAUAAUGCGGCGCUGCUGGCUUGAGUCCCCUAAGAAGCGACCAUCCUUCCGACAAAUAGCCGUAGAGCUGGAAAAAGUUGUCACGACAAGAAGGACCGAUGCAGCGCCGCCGGCUGAGCCCAGGCGGGAAUCCUGCUCGGUGGACAUUCCAGAGUUACCUGUUCCGGGGUCGAAAAACAGCUCUCGCCUGGGGAACGAAGACCGAGGGGCGUCGGUGGAAAAGGAGGGGGGCAGCGAGCACAUUGCAAUGGAAAUCAUGACGACUGGCAAGGGGAACCAGUGACCACGGCGAGCCUGCGAAUAAAUAUUGUCAAACUCCUUUGCUUUAUAUACACGUACAAUGUCUCCUUGUUUAAUACUAUACUAAUAGAUUAUCGUGUGAUUUCAUUCACAUAUAGGGCCUAUACCGUUUGAAUUCGCUAUACCAACCUCUUAUCCAUUGAAGGCCCUUCAUGGUAAUAAUCUGCUUUCUUUAGGAUGACAUCCAUGUGAGGUCUCGUACAUAGAAUUACAUGCAUUUCUGAGGUGCCGUGCUACGACAACACACAACGCCUGAUACUCCUUUGCACUUACUUAAGGCUCUCGAUGAGAAGCCAGAGAUCCUGCGGUAAAAGUUGCAGGUGAGGUGUAAACAAUGACAGCCGUGGGUGCCAUUAAUUUUUGGUAAGAUAUACGGUCACCGUAAGAACAAAUUGAAUGGUAUGGAAUUCCUUUGGUGCCAUUUUAUGCGGCGCAUGUGGGGCGGUGGCCUGGAGCUCCCCACACUUCCGCCUCUUGACGGCGCAUUGUUCUGUCGUGCCGUCGCAUUGUCGGUGGAAGUGUGGGGAGAUCCAGGCCAAAAUGCCCCACAUGCACUGCAUAAAGUGGCAGCAAUGGAAUUCCAUAGAAAAGUCAAUUUAACGGAAUGUUAUGGGAAACCGCUAACUCGUGCAUUUUACGGGAAGUACCCGGUAUCCCGAGAGGGCAUUGUACAUAAUCUAAUACGCAGUUAACUGUUGAACACAAUGUCUUAAUAUGACUAUAGAACUGUGGUAGUAUGGCUUUUUAAAUUAAAGAAAUAAUCAAGCGAGCUUGUCGAGGAUUUGAUUAUGAUUAUAACUUCAUAUCCCUAACAGGGCUAAAUUUCAGUAUAAUCCUAGAUAGUUAGGUUUAGCACGAUGAUUUAUAUACUCACGUCAUACGGGGUAAAAGAAUAAAACGCAAUACUACAAUAAAUGGUAAGAUAAUGUUCGCCAAAUUAAUGUCUCCGUACAUGUCUUCAUGACCUUUUUGAAAACUCCCUUAUUACAGUCUCUUUAAAUGGAUAAAUUUGUGUAUACAGAACAACAGAAAAGGCGUCAAUAAAUAAUCUUUGUACACGCAUGUAGGCCUAUUCGAUUA